GAACUAGGUAUCAUCACCAUUUCUAACACUUAUUCCUAGAGUUGGAAAUAACAUUCACAGGUGAAUUUCCCGGUAGAUUUGAGCACAGGUUUAGAGGAUGAGAAGGAGAAUAAAAGACCUAUGAAGUUAAUAUUGAUAUCAAUAGCAUCUGGUGUUCUCAUCUCAGCCUGUAUCAAUGGAGGCGCACUUUUUUAUGGCAAGACUAAAGAGGCAAGGUAACAAUUCAUAACACAAACAUAUAUUGGUGUGAAGCACAUUUACCUUUCUUCACUUUGUUGCAGUAAAAAGAAAAAAGUGAGGACCUAGAAUUACCUCUGAUAAAAAUGGAGAGUAUUGUGCUAGGAACAAAUAAUUUCUCCACGGAAAACGAAAUUGGGAUUGGAGGAUUUGGUUCUGUUACAAGGGAACAUGCCAUCCGGAGAUGAAAUCACAGUUAAAAGAUUGUCGAGAUCCUCACACCAAGGUCUUGAAGAGUUCAGAAAUGAAGUUGUGGUGAUUGCAAAACUCCAACACAAAAACCUCAUCAAACUUUUAGGAUGUUGCAUUGAAGAAGAGGAAAGGAUGCUAAUAUACGAAUACCUAGAGAAUAAAAGCCUUGAUCUUCUUGUUUUCAGUACUCAGAUUUAUCCUUUACCUUUUUAUCAAAAUCCCAUAGUUUCAUCCUACAAUAUGACAAAGAGAUUAACACAUCCACUGGGUACAUUGGUGUUCAAUCAUUCGCAGAUCAUAGUUGAAGAACACAUUUGACAUGGCUUAUGCGUUACGACAUUAUUAUGGGGAUUGCAGGGAGAAUGCUAUAUCUCCAUCAUGAUUCCAGAUUGAAGAUUAUUCAUAGGGACAUUUGGAUACAUGGCUCCUGAGUAUGCAAUGGAUGGGAAAUACUCAGUCAAAUCUGACAUUUUCAGUCUUGGAGUGAUUUUGCUGGAAAUAAUUAUUGGAAAAAAUAACAGAGGAUAUGGAGACCCCAAUCACUGUCUUAAUCUCUUGGGCCAUGCAUGGUUGCUAUGGAAAGAAAACAGGAUUGUGGUGUUGAUGGAUGAGUGUUUGAAGAAUACAGUUAGGGAGUGUAAAGUAAAGAGAUGCAUGCAAGUGGCGUUAUUAUGCGCUCAAAAAUUUGCAAAUGAUAGGCCAAUUAUGUCAACAGUGGUUUCAAUGUUAGGAUCUGAUGGAGGAGAUUUGCCAGAACCAAAAGAGCCUGGGUUUUUUAUGGAAAGAAGUAGCAGCCCUGUGGGAAGUUACACAUCACCAAGUUUUGAGUUAGAGAAUACAAUCACCAUUACAGACUUGGAGGCCAGAGGAGGAGAACCCCAGUCGAUCAUUGCAAGAGUAAAGUGUUUGAGAUCUUGAUUGUGGAUAAGGCGCAAGAUCAUGGUGAGGAACACACACAUACACGUAGCUGGAAAGAGGUGCUCACAGGAAAGAAGAAAGAUGCAGAGUGUUGUUAUGAUUUUGUAGCCUGAGUGGCUCAAGUCUAGUAUAUAACACCAUUUCCAACUUACACUAAACUCAGAUCUAUUUUAGAGUAU